AUGUUGGGUUUGGCUAUAGGUGAUGCUCUUGGUGCUUCUGUUGAAUUUAGACCUAACAGUUAUUUGACAGCUAAUCCAGUCAAAGACCCAGUAGGAGGUGGAACAUGGGGUCUGAAACGAGGACAGUUCACCGACGAUACUUCUAUGGCAGUUUGUUUAGCAAAUUCUCUAAUUGCCUGUGGAGGUUUUAUUCCAUAUGACCAAUUAGUUCAUUACAAGUGGUGGUUUCGACAUGGGUAUAUAUCAUCGACCGGUCAUUGUUUUGAUAUUGGUGCAGCUACUCGACAGUCUAUUCAAGAAUUCGAACAGCGUCAAAGAAAAUUUGCACAUGAUCAUAACAUUCCUUUAGACAAAAUAGACUCAUUAUCUGAUCCUGAGCUUCUUCAAGCAUUCGAUGUCAAUUGUAGCAAAGACGACGUGGCUGGCAAUGGAGCCCUGAUGCGUGUCGCACCUGUACCUCUUUUCUUCUAUCGACAUCCGAAAGUGGCUAUUAAAUAUUCAGGCAUCAGUGGUAAGAUCACUCAUGGAGACGUGAAAUCUUAUGAUGCAUGCCGUUAUUAUGGAGCUCUCAUUGUGGCUGCUCUCAAUGGUGCCAAGAAAAGGGAACUGACUAGUAAGACAUUUUAUGAGGAUCAUCGAAAAUGGUUCGAUAAUCAAGACCUUCAUCCUGAUAUUAUGGCGAUUGCGCAUGGAUCGUACCAAAAACCAGGUAGUUAUCAAGAUGGAAUACGAGAAAAAAGACAUAUCGUUAAUGCUCUGGAAGCUGCAUUGUGGGUGUUUUGGAGUGAUGAAGAUUCUUUUAGGACAGGCGUACUUCAUGCUGUUAAUCUAGGCGAUGAUACAGACACAACGGCAGCUAUCUACGAUCAGUUGGCCGGUGCUUACUACGGUUACAAGAAGUUGCCAAAAAAAUGGCUGAAAUGUAUCUGUGCCAAAAACUUCCUUCGAUGUGUGAGUAGCUGGAUUGCACAUGAAGGUGAACAAUGGUCUAGAAAUCAGCCAAUAUCAGAGUCAAGCGAGCUGAUAGAUUCUUCUGACUUCGUGUCGUACAGUUCGAACUUACGUGCUUCUAGUCUCUCGACGCAACAGUUAUAUGCCAGCUUUAAACUAUCAUUGGAUUCAGACAUGAUCUCUAGCGUAAUUCUUCGAAAGGCAAUCGAUUCUUCUGGUUCUAUAGGACAUCUUUAUAAUGCAUGGCAAGAUCAGUUACUGCCAUCACCAUACAUUACUUUGGAUGUAAAGAAAGAUUGCUCAAGUCCAUUGAUAAAAUGCUUGGUACAUAGUGGCGAUAAGGUUGAGAAUCGAAAUAUCCUUCGACUCAUCAACUUUUCCGCUGAUCUCCGAUUGAGCGUAUUAUCGAACUUGGUUGAACCAGCAGGUAUCGCUUCUGUCGUCGACUAUCCAUUCAUAGUUGAUGAUUGCACUCGCAUCUUCUACUAUUCUUAUUUGGUUCGUAAUCAAGCUUUACUCCACAAGAGAACUAUUCAAUCAAAAGAACUUAAAGCUCCUGCCACUCAUGUCAUUAUUGCUAUUGAUCAAGGUAUUCAUGUUGUAAUUUUGUUAAAAUUACCAGUUCAUGAUAUUAAAGUAAUCGAUUAA